GCAGCGGCGAUGCCGCGGGCAGGCGGCUCCCCGGGGGUACCGGGCUCGGCGCUGCUGGCGCUGGCGCUGUGCCUGGCAGGGUCCCCGGGCGGCGGGCAGCACUACGACUACUACGGCUGGCAGCCCGAGAGCCUGCCCCACGGGCGCUUCUACGGGCGGGAGCCGCAGUGCCUCGAUAUCCCGCCCGACAUGCAGCUCUGCCGCGACGUGGGCUACAAGCGCAUGCGGCUGCCCAACCUGCUGGAGCAUGAGACCAUGGCUGAGGUCAAGCAACAGGCCAGCAGCUGGGUGCCCCUGCUCGCCAAGCAGUGCCACACCGACACCCAGCUCUUCCUCUGCUCCCUCUUCGCCCCUGUCUGCCUCGACCGGCCCGUCUACCCCUGCCGCUCCCUCUGUGAGGUGGUGCGUGACUCCUGUGCCCCUGUCAUGGAGUCUUAUGGCUUUCCCUGGCCUGAGAUGCUGCACUGUGGCAAGUUCCCCUCCGACCAUGAGCUCUGCAUUGCCGUCCAGUUUGGGAACAGCAAGGCCACCCCACCACCAGUGUCCAAGAUCUGCACCCAGUGUGAGAUGGAGCACAAGGCAGAUGGCAUGAUGGAGCAGAUGUGCUCCAGUGACUUUGUGGUAAAGAUGCGCAUUAAGGAGAUGACAGAGGAGAACGGGGAGCGGCGGCUGGUGGCUGCCCAGAAGAAGAAGGUGCUGAAGCUGGGUCCGCUCAAGCGCAAGGACACCAAGAAGAUGGUGCUGCACAUGAAGAACGCGGGCGCCUGCCCCUGCCCACAGCUCGACAGCCUCAGCGGCAGCUUCCUGGUGAUGGGCCGCAAGGUGGGCAGCCGCCUGCUCCUCCUCGCCGUCUACCCCUGGCAGAAGCACAACAAGGAGAUGAAAUUCGCCGUCAAGUUCAUGUUCUCCUACCCGUGCCCCCUCUACCACCCCCUGCUCUAUGGGGCUGGGCAGCACUAGGGCUCUGCCCACCCUGCCCUGUCCUAGGACUUCUGCACUGGCCCCACGCUGCACCCCUGGUUGCACCCAAGGGC